CGCAAUGUAUUAUGGGAUGGUAAUGGUGGGCGCGUGAUUUUGAACAAAUACAGAAUGCCUGCCCAGAGAACGGGCAUUGGUGUAGUUAACAUUCAUGAAAACGAUCCAUCUGCUCAGUCAAUAGAGAUAAAUUCCAACAACAGCUUUUCUGGAAAUACUAUUUCAGUUGAUUAUGGUCAGUUAAAAGGCCAUGUGUUGAAUCCAUUAGACAAUCUGGAAGGUACACUUGGAAGUUUAGAGCCCACAGAAUCCAACUUAGGAAAUGUUGAUCAGGUUCUAGUGGAUUCAUCAGACUCUAAUAAUCAUACUCAAAUUCAGAUUGUCAACUCUACAGCAGAUAGUGGACAUUCUGAAGGAACUUUAUUAAGGUUAAGUGAUGGAUCUGUUGUUAGUUCAUUAAUAGACAAUUCACAAAUUGUAAGUGCUAGUAGUUUAUCAACUACAUCUUCUCAGGCUGUUAAAAGACAAUUGAAUGCUUCAUCAUCUAGUCCUAUGGUAACUAAAGUUAUAAUUACAAAAAAUCCUAUCUCAAGUCAACCACAAGCUGUACCGAUUCAAUUAAAUCCAUCAUCUUUGCAGUCUUUACAACAGGGACAGACAUUGACGUUUAAUCAAACAAUGGCACCUGCUGUCAGUGUGGUGCCGCAAAGUGCACAGACACCUACAAAGACCAUUACAAUUUCUCAGCAAGGAAUUAUGUCACCACAGAAACAAUAUUUUGCUUUACCUGUUAGUUCACCAAAGCCUGGGAUAACAAAAAUCCCUAUUUCUCCAGCAAAGACUCCUACAAAAAUAACAAUGAUACCAGUGACUGUUGGCAAAUCUCCGCAGAGGAUAGCGCCAGCUUCAGGUGUUUCUGUAUUAAGUAAGAGUUUAUCGGAUAGUGCUACGUAUACAGCUGUUCCUGUGUCAUCAGGACCUACAAUGAUUACUUUAUCACCUUCAAAAGUUUUUAAACAAGGCACAGUUGUUCAGCAGAGACCAGGGCAGAUACAAUUCCAACAAAAUCAGGCUAUUACAAUAAAUAAACCUCAGACACAAGGUGGUGUACGACAAGUGGCAAUACCCUUAUCUAGCAUGCAACAGAUUCAAGGCAGCAAAGUUCAAUAUGUUAGACUGGUAGCUCCAACACAGCAAGGCCAAACUACAGGUAUUAAGACAUCUUUGGCAUCAUUAGUCCAAGGUAAACAGAUUUUUACCACAAGUGGUGCACAUCCUUUGACCAUACAACAAGCAGGAGGACAACAGAUGAAGAUUACAUUACCAGUUCAAAGUAACCAUCCUAGACCUGUUAUAGCUUCAAGUAAUACACAGACAGUACAAAGAAUACUGUUACCUGCUGGCCCAAAUCAGUUGCAAUUACGAGCAGUACCUUCUACCUUAGCUCAGAUACAAACUAGUGGAGUGUCAUCACUAAGUAAUCUCCCUCCAGGAACAACUAUUCUGUCCUCGGGUAAUGCUGGUUCUGGACAAGGAUUUGCCUUGGUACCUACAAUGUUAUCACAGAUGGCUCAGCAGCAGCAACAGGCAACAGUACAAGUGAGACCAAUGACUUCCCAGGCAACAGUAAUAGCACAACCAUUACAGAAUAGACAAGAGUUUAUACCUAUAGCUAGUAAUAACCCAGUCCUUAGUGCUUCAGUGGCUAAUUCAACGAGAAAUAACAAUAGUGAGGGAGCAAUUGAACCAACAGGUGCAAGACCUAGGAAACCAUGUAACUGUACAAAGUCACAAUGCUUAAAAUUAUAUUGUGACUGUUUUGCUAAUGGGGAAUUUUGCCAUAAUUGUAACUGUACUAAUUGUGCCAAUAACCUUAUACAUGAAGAAGAACGGUCAAGAGCUAUUAAAUCGUGUCUGGAUAGGAAUCCUAUGGCAUUUCAUCCAAAAAUAGGUAAAGGACAGAUAGGUAAUGGUAACAGACGACAUAAUAAAGGGUGUAAUUGUAAACGGUCAGGUUGUCUGAAAAAUUACUGUGAAUGUUAUGAGGCAAAAAUUAUGUGUUCUAAUGCUUGUAAAUGUUUUGGUUGUAAAAACUUUGAAGAGAGUCCAGAACGAAGGACAUUAAUGCAUUUAGCCGAUGCUGCUGAAGUUAGGGUACAACAACAAACUGCAGCCAAAACGAAACUGUCUUCACAAAUAUCAGGAGUGCCAUCCAAACCACCUACAUCAACAGCUACAGGAGAAAGAUUACCGUACACCUUUAUAACAAGUGAAGUUGCAGAAGCUACAUGUGCCUGUUUGUUAGCACAAGCUGAGGAGUCAGAACGAAUGAAGAUGCCACCUGUUGUACAGGAGCGUAUGGUGAUAGAGGAAUUUGGACGAUGUUUGUUACAGAUCAUAGAAUCAGCUAAUAAAACCAAAGAACUCAUCAUAUUUGCUGAGUAAAAAGGUGAUGACGAAGAAGAAAGAUGAUUUCAAUGGAAGAUAUCUGAUUGGUUAAGAAAUCAUGUGAUAGAAAGAGUAAAGCUGAAUGGAAGGAGGGAUAAAAGAAGUCAUUAUAUAUAUUUACUAUGUAAUUAUAUUAGACUGUUUAACCUGGCAGCAGUGUAUCUAUGCAUGUUAUCAUGUCGUCCAUCAAUAUCAUACUUACACCAAAGUAAAGCUUGAAAAUAACCCCUACUGCUCACAUUCAGAAGUCAUUUGAUUUUGUGUAGAAUGUUAGUGUGUGAAGGCGUGAAUGAAAUUCUUAAUGCUGCAUAUCUCUUGCUGGUUAUCAUGUUAAAAAAAAACCAAGCUAGUAGUGAAAUAUAACAUAGCCUUAUUACAUACAUACAUUGAAGGCAGAGGAAAUGUGUAUUGUGUUUUGGAUUGGAUUGUCUGAGCUAUUGUGUAAUUUCAAUUAGAAAUUGUUACUGGAUAAAUGUUAAUAAAUAUUUUAUGAUAUUGUACAUUUUUUUAAUUUCAACAAGUAAUAUUUGUUAUUUCAUUAUAACUGUAUAGAAUUAUUGUAAAUAAUGUACAUAAUUGUUAAGUAAUAAUAUAUAAUUAAAUUUUUAUCAUGUCAAGUUUGCUUCCAAAAGAAUGGAAGUAACAUAAAAUAUGUGAGGCAUGUUAAUGUUUAAUUCUUCUUAACUACACAAACUUUAUCAAUCUGUAGGUUCUGUCUAUUUAUUGUUUUAAUGUGUGCUGUAAUAAUAUAGGGCAAUUAGAUAUUCAGAAUGAUGGAAAUUUGUUUAAUUUAGAUAUCAGAUUUUGUUUCAAUAAUUUCAAAUUUUCAUGUUCCCAGUUUGCAGUAAAAAAAAUUUUUUUUAUAUGUUGUACAUAUACAAAAUUCAACCAAAAGAAAAACCCUUAGAUCUAACGUGAUAUUAUCAACGUGAUGAAAACAAAUUCUUUUUAGUAUCCAAGUAAACCUCUCCUCAUUAUUUUGUGAUUAUUAAUGAGUUAACUUUCAGGGGCACUAGCUGUCAAAUUCAUGUUCACCGAUUUGACUCAAAUUUUCAUAUUUGAUUUAUAAUAAUGUAAAACAAUUGUCAAAAUUAUAAAAAGUCUAAAAUAAACAUUUUACAGAGCAUGGGCUCGAUAAUAUGUAACUUCGUUUCAUGUGUAUUUUAGUCUUGACGCCAUCUAAUUAACUAUCGAGUUGACCUCUGAACAUGUCUGAUUGCCAUAUAAGGGAUAUAUACAUAAAUAUAGAUAUAAAUAAGAUAUUGAAAUCGUGCAAUUAGAUUUUUCUAGGUCUGUUUAAUUUCGUAUCAUAGAUUAAAACUAUAUGUUAAUCGUCAUUUUUACCUGUAUAAGUAUGAUUUUUUUGUGGAUCGAAUCAGUCAAUAAAAUUAUUUACCUUUGUUUCACUUUCAAUGUUGACAUUCUUUUCCUUUAAAUACCUUGACACGCACAAUGCAUGCGUUAUCAAUCUCUAGCUAAGGGGUUAAAUUAAAGUUCACAUGAAUACGGAUUCAAUGAGGUCGAAAUAUUCACUUGCAAGUGAAUAAUUCAUCAUCAAUGUUUCUUAGCUUAAUUUGACAAAAUUGAACCAUAUUGGCUGCUAAAAGCGAAUUAUUAUUUCACGAUUUCACUUUCAUUAAGGAUUGAACAAAAAAAAAUCAUACAUUGAAUUUUUUGUAUAUCUCAUAGCUAGUGCCCUUUUAAUGAUUUGAUUUUCACCAUUCUGAAAAAUAUAAUAAUGAUCCGUUUAAUUUAUAUGACAUACAUGAGUAUAGAAAAGAAGCAUAAAGAUUUCAUCUUGCACACCAAUAUAAACUCUAAAACAAGAUUGCUGAAUUUUGGGAAAAGUCUUGUAAAAAGCAGUUUAACUCAUAAUUUGAAAAAAAAAUAAAAAUAUCCAUUAAUUUUUAUUUAUAGAUCUGAAAAUAUUGAACCAACUUUUUUUUCAUCAUAACCUGUUAAAUUCUUAACACGACUUUUAAGUUCUUUACUUUCAGUUAUGCCUAUCACAUUAAGUGAUAUUAUUUCAUAUUUCAUAGCAUUUACAAAAACAGUCUUUUUCAUUGUUGACAUACUUGUAGUUUUAAUCAUAAACAAAGGGCUUUAGUUUUAUCAUUACAUAUAACUUUUACUGCAUUUAAUUUUAAUCUUUAAAAUUAAGGAUUUUGCUUGUCAUGUAUGAUUUGUAUGGUUUUUAUUUUAUCAUGACUGUUUAAUUAAAAAGACUAGGUGAUUUAGAAAAUAAGUUUUCAAAUUUUGUAGUACAUGUACCUCAUUUCUCUCUUCUCUUUCAAUCAUUUUAAAAAUCAUUUUCAGUUUAAUAGGAGUCAUUACAAUUACAUCAUAUUUAAAGUUACAUCAUUGAUAUAUGUAUUGUUUAAUGUAGUAUUGUUUUCUCUUAGGCAGCUUUCAGAAUAUAGAAAUAGUGGGAUGUUUCAAAGGUGAAUGGAAUAUUGAUAUAUCAGAAAGAUAAAAAUUAGUACCACAUAUAUACACAUAUGUUACAUAUUAAAUACAUGUAUACACAUUUAUGUUUAUAAUAUUGAAUCAAUUUGACCUAAGGGCUAUUAGGAAAUUAAAUGAAUGGGGGAAAUGGCAAACACCUUUAGGCCAUAACCACCCAUAAUAUAAAAUUUUCUUUUUUGUUUAUGUUUCUAACAAAAAUCUAAGGAAAAUGCAUCCAACUGACAAUGAGAACCAGUCGUUCGCCAACCUCUGUCAAUUUUGAAACGACCCUAAAGUAUUUACUGUUGGCAGUUGAAAAUUGAUAAUUAUUGCCCAUUACAUUUAAAUUUUAAGAACUCCCAUAAAACAAGAAACAAUUCAGACUAUUGAAUAAUGCUUUACUAUCCUCUUUUGAUUUAUGAGAUCUGAACAUGGUUAAACUUCUGUUGCCUAAAUUUACUGAUCAUACAUUGUGAAGUUUUAAAAUUAAACAUUGCCUUUUGUUAAGCAAAGAAACAUAUUAGGUAAACUUUUGAAUUGAAAUUUGUCAAUUGUUGGAGUUAAAUGCUCUAUUUUCUAUUUCAUGUGUAAAUUUUGGUUGAAUAAAACUCGACUUAAAGGGGUAUUAUCGGCCAAAUUCAUGUCUGCCGAAUUGACUCAAACUCUCAAGUUUGAUUUAUAACAUACUAAAAUGCAUAUUAGAAUUACAAAAGUCCCACUGGGAAAAAUAAACAUUGCCUGAAAUCGUAAAAAGUAUCAACAUCUUAUUUAUGAUGGACAUGGCCUUUGAAGAUUACAGAUAGGCAUGUGACCCCUAUAUAGAUAUAAAAGGAUAAUAAUAAGUAGCAUGUUAAAUAGUAUAAUGCUGAGUUUUCUGUUUUUAUAUCAUGGAUUCAAAAAAAUUAGGUGCAUCUCUUUGCCUUUAACCUGUAUAAAAAUUUUAUUUGGUGGGUCCAAAGAGGAAACCAAAUCUGUCUUCCUGUUGAAACUUAGAUUCAUUUUGAAUAACUGAACUUGCUAAGUCAUACAGGUUGCAUGCAUAUGGAUCUAAAUGAGGUUGAAUUGUUGUCUUGCAAGUCAAUAAUGUAUCAAUGAAGUUUUUGGUCUUAUUUUGAAAAAAAUUUAACCAAAAUCAAAUGCUUAUAAUGAAUAAAGUUCAAUAUUCAGUUCUUGUAAAUGAUUUUCAACUUAUUCUGUCAAAAUCGUAGCUAACUAAAAUUUGGGCAAAAUAUUUGCUUUAACAAUUUGAUAAUGUCCCAUGAGAUUAUUAUGAUUUCUAUCGACUUUGAGGUGACUUGGUCAAAGGUCAAGUUACAGUAUUCAUUAAUAGACUGGAGUGAGGGCAAACAAAUUUUGGAUUGAGUGAUAUCUUUUGAAGCAUAUGAGAGUUGUGAUCUGUUAUACCUUUUGAAUAAGGCUAGGAUUUUUUUUAAUUGAAUCCCUUAUUUGGCUUUGAUAUGCUGUUUCAAUUUUUUCUCGCAAGUUAUGUUAUUUUAAAUGCUUAUUGAAGUUUUUGCUUCAAAAAAAAAGGUAAACGGCUAGCACCUCUUCAGAAUAAUAGGUAGAAGGGACUUCUCUUUUUGAAACUGAUGGGGAAAUGUGGUGAGACUUAAUUGCCUGUUGGCUCAUGGUGCUAUAAUAUUUGGGUUUUACAAUGAUUUAUCUUGCCUUUACUACUUUUGUAAAAGAAAACACCUCAAAAUUUUAUGUGAAAUGUUUCCCUUACAUGUUGUGGAAACCAAUUUUUCUGAAGAUAGGUCAGUGUGUAAUAACAUUGUAACUAUUUACCACUUAUGCCUUUUGACAGUAUAUACAUGUUGGAUUUACUUUUCCUCUAUGUGUAGAAUCUUUCAAUCAAAUUUCUAUAUUUUGUUGUACAUAUUGUAGACCCUUGUAGAUAUUGUUAUCUAAUGUUGUUUGUACAGUUAAUCAUUGCUCACACUUCACCCUGGGAUUGAAUUCCCCAGUAUGUAGUUAUUUCUAUCUGUUUUGCAUGAAUGUAUUUUAGAAUGGAAUCUAGUGUGUUAUUGAACAUGUGAUUUAUCUUAACAUUGCUUUAGUUGGUAUGCGAGUGUGAUCAUGAAGAAAAUUUACUUUUUUAACUACCCGAAUAUAUGAUAAUAUUUUUGUGCUAUAAUAAAAUGAUGUACAAAAAUAAUGUAUUAAUUGAAUUUGAAAACUAAUUUUUCUGGCAUAAAUGCAGAACUUAUAGUUUCAAUAAAACCAUACAGUGUAUACACAGAAGUAACAAAGCCCCUGUCAGAUACUAGUGUUUAUAGAGAAUUGUUAUUACACUUUCUUAUUGUAAAAUCUAAUAUACUGAUAGACCACUCAGAUUUUCAUUUUGAUAUGGUCUAUUUAUAAAAUUGUAUAUCAAAAUAUUUGAAAAACAAUAUGUUCUGUUUCAUGUGCAUUCUGCACAAUAAUUUUUGACUUGAUUUACCUUAGAAAAACUUCAAUUUAUUAUUAAAAAAGAGAAAACAUGUCUAUAUUUUUUAGUUUGAAAAAAUAUCAAGGAAAAUUAUUUUUGUUUUUCUAGUUUUCUUGUUGAUAUGCAUAAUAUUAGAAUACAGAGUGCACAGUUUUUAAUAUGACAAGCUCCAUAGUGAAGCUUUAUUAACCAGGGACUAUUAGUAAGGUAAUGGAAGUGUGGUUUAUGUGCAAUAUUAUAACUGUUGAAUGGUAUUUCAUUUCCUUGCAGCUUGUGUGAAGCAAACAAUAAACAAUCUCUAUAA